CCUGGACCACGCCGGGGCUCUGAGCGGUCGCCCACCAUGAGCCCGAGGACCGCGCCGAGGCCGCCGGCGCUGCUGCCGCCGCUCCUGCUUUUGCUCCUGGUGGCGGCGCCCACGGAGGGCAAGGGCUGCAUCUGUAAAGACAAAGGCCAGUGCUUCUGUGAUGGGGCCAAAGGGGAGAAGGGGGAGAAAGGCUUCCCAGGACCCCCUGGGCCUCCUGGCCAGAAGGGAUACCCGGGUCCCGAAGGCCUGCCUGGACCACAGGGACCCAAGGGCUCUCCAGGAUCUCCAGGACUGACCGGUGCCAAAGGCGUGAGGGGAAUAACUGGAUUACCAGGAUUUUCAGGUUCUCCUGGACUUCCAGGCAUCCCGGGCCAUCCUGGACCUUAUGGACUUGCUGGUUUGCCAGGAUGCAAUGGUUCCAAGGGAGAGCCAGGGUUCCCAGGACUUCGGGGGACACCAGGCUACCCAGGGAUACCGGGUGUCACUGGUUUGAAAGGAGAAAAGGGUGCUCCUGCUGAAGGAGAAGGUAUAGGCCUUGAUGGAAAAGGUGACCCUGGGUUGCCAGGAGCUCCUGGAUUCCAGGGUUUGCCAGGCCUUCCAGGUUUUCCUGGACCUGCAGGUCCACUUGGCCCUCCAGGAUUCCUUGGCUUUCCGGGAGCCAUGGGACCUCCAGGACCUAAGGGUUACAUGGGCGAUAACGUGCUAGGACAGAAAGGAGAGCGGGGUGUGAAAGGAUUAACAGGACCGCCUGGACCACCAGGGACAGUUAUUGUGACUCUAACCGGCCCUGAUAACAGAACGGACCUCAAGGGAGAGAAGGGAGACCGGGGAGCCAUGGGACAGUCCGGACCCCCUGGACCCUCUGGGCCACCUGGAGAAUCUUAUGGAUCAGAAAAGGGUGCUCCUGGAGAACCAGGCCCGCAGGGAAAGCCUGGAAAAGAUGGUGCCCCCGGUUUUCCUGGCACUGAGGGAGCCAAAGGCGACAAGGGUUUCCCUGGGUUAAGGGGUGAAGAUGGCAUUAAGGGGUGGAAAGGAAACUCUGGCCCGCCAGGAUUUCGUGGUCCAACAGAAUAUUAUGAUGCAUACCAGGAAAAGGGAGAUGAAGGAAUUCCAGGCCUACCAGGGCCCAAGGGAGCUCGUGGCCCACAGGGUCCCAGUGGUCCCCCUGGAGCCCCUGGAAGUCCUGGGUCAUCAAGGCCUGGCCUCCGAGGAGCCCCUGGAGUACCCGGCGUGAAAGGAAGUAAAGGGGAGCAAGGGCCCCCAGGAAAGACUGCAGCAGGGCCUCCCGGGUCCCCCGGCUGUCCUGGUUCUCCAGGUCCUAUGGGGUUCCCGGGACCUCCAGGCCCACCAGGUGGUAUUGUUUUUCGUGAAGGUCCACCUGGAGUUGGUGGACAUCCAGGCCAUAUAGGGUCGCCAGGUAUCCCAGGAGUCGGUGGACCCAAAGGGGAGCCGGGCCUCUUGUGCACACAGUGUCCUUAUGUCCCAGGAUCUCCAGGCCCCCCUGGAUUGCCAGGGUUAGAAGGCGAAAAAGGAUUCCAAGGAGAACCAGGGGCAGCUGGCAUUAAAGGAAGCCCAGGGUCCCCAGGAAGUGCUGGUCUUCCAGGAUUUCCAGGAUUCCCAGGUGCUCAGGGUCAGCCAGGACUUAAAGGAGAAAAAGGUGAAGCAUCUCAGCCAGAGGGACAAGUGGGUGCCCCAGGGGAUCCAGGACUCCGAGGACACCCUGGAAGAAAGGGCUUGGAUGGCAUUCCUGGAACUCCGGGAGUGAAAGGAUUACCAGGACCUAAAGGAGAACCGGCCCUGAGUGGUGAGAAGGGGGACCCAGGUCUUCCAGGGGAUCCUGGUAUCCCUGGGUCCCCAGGACCCAUAGGACCGGCUGGACCAUCAGACUAUGGACCACAGGGAGAGCCUGGUCCAAAGGGCACCCAAGGACUUCCUGGAGCCCCUGGACCACCUGGAGAAGCCGGUCCUGAGGGAGAAACUGGUGUUUCUAUACCAGUCCCAGGGCCCCCAGGACCCCCUGGGCCUCCAGGCCGUGCUGGUCCCCGGGGUCCACCUGGUAUCCCUGGAUCCACAGGAGAAUGUGAUCUGGGUCUCCCGGGGCCUGAUGGUGAACCAGGAAUUCCAGGAAUUGGAUUCCCUGGGCCUCCUGGACCUAAGGGAGACCGAGGGUUUCCAGGAACCAAAGGAUCACCAGGUUGUCCUGGAGAAAUGGGAAAGCCAGGCUUACCUGGAAAGCCAGGCCUCCCAGGAAUCAAGGGAGAGCCAGGACUAGCCAUGCCUGGAGAACCCGGAGCACCAGGUUUGCCAGGAGAAAGAGGCAGCUCUGGGGAAACUGGAGAAAUUGGACUCCCUGGACUUCCGGGUCUCCCUGGAGUUCCAGGAACUGGGGGGCUUGAUGGACCACGAGGGGAUCCAGGGAAGCCCGGGCCACCUGGAGAAAGAGGACCCCCAGGAAUGUGCACAGAGGGUCCCAUGGGAGCUCAAGGACUUCCAGGCUUAAAUGGAUUGAAAGGGCAACCAGGCAGAAGAGGUGAAACAGGGCCAAAGGGAGACCCAGGUAUCCCGGGCUUGGAUAGGUCAGGAUUUCCUGGAGAACCUGGACUACCAGGAACGCCAGGUCACCGAGGGGAGAUGGGACCACCUGGUCCAAAAGGAUAUCCAGGAAAUCCAGGAUUUUUAGGGCCACCAGGUGAAAAAGGAAUAAUGGGGAUGAUGGGGUUUCCAGGCCACAUUGGUCCCCCAGGGCCUCCUGGGAACCCAGGCACCCCAGGACAGAGGGGGAGCUUUGGAAUUCCAGGAGUAAAGGGCGCAAGAGGACCCCCAGGAACCAAGGGGGAGCAGGGAGAGAGAGGAACUCCCGGGUCUCCCCAGAUAUUCCACUUAGUGGGGGACAAAGGGGAGCCAGGACUCAAAGGACUUGCAGGAAAGCCUGGUGAGAAAGGAAACAGAGGCAAUCCAGGGUUACCGGGUAUAAAAGGACUCCCAGGGCUUCCUGGACCAGCAGGACCACCAGGUCCCAGAGGAGAGCCGGGCAGCAUUGGGAAUCCCGGUGAGCCAGGACCACGUGGCAUCCCAGGAAGCAUGGGAAACAUAGGAGUACCAGGUACUAAAGGAAUGAAGGGAGCUGUGGGAUUCCCGGGUCUAGCUGGAAGUCCAGGCCUCCCAGGUAUUCAUGGUCUCCAAGGAGAUAAGGGAGAGCCAGGUUACUCAGAAGGUGCAAGGCCAGGACCACCAGGACCAAAGGGAGAUCCAGGAUUGCCAGGUGACAUGGGCAAGAAAGGCGAAAGAGGGCCCCCUGGCGCACCUGGACAUUCGGGGCCUGCUGGACCAGAGGGACUUCCUGGGAGUCCCGGACCCCCUGGCCACCCAGGGAAGUCUGGUCCUGGUGGUGAUUUGGGGUCCAAAGGAAUCAAAGGCUUCCCUGGCUUUCCAGGAAUAAAAGGCCCUCCAGGUCCUCCAGGAUUGCCAGGAAAUCCUGGACCAGUGGGUGAGAGAGGUAAUCAAGGACUUGAUGGAAUUCCUGGUCCAGCCGGAGAAAAAGGAGAAACAGGCUUGCUGGGAGCACCUCCAGGUCCAAGAGGGAAACCUGGUCCUCAAGGAGCCAAAGGAGACAGGGGAGCACCAGGCUUGCCCGGCCUUCCUGGCAGGAAAGGGCCAGUGGGAGAUGCUGGGCCUCCAGGGCCCAUUGGCAUGACAGGACCUCAAGGGGCACCAGGCUUUCCUGGUGUAACCAUCCCUGGCCAGAAAGGAGAUCGAGGUCCACCUGGCUCCAGAGGAAACCCAGGCAUGCCUGGUCCUCCUGGGCCUCCAGGGAGUCCUGUAGAAGGCAUAAAAGGAGACAAGGGGUUGAUGGGAGAGCCUGGCCGAAGAGGUCCACCUGGAGCUGUAGGAGACAUGGGGCCACCGGGUCCUCCGGGAGCACCAGGUGUCCCCGGUCAGCCAGGGGCCAGAGGUGAUCCUGGAUUCUACGGAUUUCCAGGCUUGAAAGGGGAGAAGGGUAAUUCAGGAUUUCCAGGACCACCUGGACCUCCAGGGCAAAUUGGGCCAAAAGGACCACCUGGUGUACGUGGAGAGCCUGGCACAGUGAAAAUCAUCUCCCUUCCAGGAAGCCCAGGCCCACCUGGUUCUGCUGGAGAACCAGGGAUGCAAGGAGAACCCGGGCCCCCGGGACCACCAGGAGAUCCAGGACCCUGUGGGCCAAAAGGUAAACCAGGGGAGGAUGGUCCACCAGGACCUCCUGGACCAACUGGAGAAAAAGGCAACAAAGGUUCUAAAGGAGAGCAAGGACCACCUGGAUCCGAUGGCCUGCCGGGCUUGAAGGGGAGGCCUGGCGACACUGGACCACCAGCAUCAGGGACAGUGAUGAGGGGCUUUGUCUUCACCCGGCACAGCCAGACCACAGCGAUCCCCUCCUGUCCAGAAGGGACAGAGCCACUCUACAGUGGAUUUUCUCUUCUCUUUGUACAAGGAAAUGAACAAUCCCAUGGACAAGACCUGGGAACACUCGGCAGCUGCCUGCAGCGAUUUACCACAAUGCCAUUCUUAUUCUGCAAUAUCAACGAUGUAUGUAAUUUCGCAUCUCGAAAUGAUUAUUCAUACUGGCUGUCAACACCAGCAAUGAUACCAAUGGACAUGGCUCCAAUUACUGGCAGGGCCCUGGAGCCUUAUAUUAGCAGAUGCACAGUCUGUGAAGGUCCUGCAAUUGCCAUAGCUGUUCACAGCCAAACCACUGAUAUCCCCCCCUGUCCUGCUGGCUGGAUUUCUCUCUGGAAAGGCUUUUCUUUCAUCAUGUUCACAAGUGCUGGUUCGGAGGGUGCCGGGCAAGCCCUCGCAUCCCCCGGCUCCUGCCUGGAAGAAUUCCGAGCCAGUCCAUUUAUAGAAUGUCAUGGAAGAGGAACAUGCAACUACUAUUCAAAUUCCUACAGUUUCUGGUUGGCUUCAUUAGACCCCAAAAGAAUGUUCAGAAAACCCAUUCCAUCAACUGUGAAAGCUGGGGAGUUAGAAAACAUAAUAAGUCGCUGUCAAGUGUGCAUGAAGAGGAGACCAUGAAGAAAUAAAGAAAAAAUAAAACUGUUACUUUUCAUCCUAAA